AUGAAUACACUUCUUGUCACCAUUUUCCUCUUAGUCAUCCCCAUCUUCUUUCUCAUUACGAGAAGAAGAAAAUCAUCGAAAAGGCUUCCUCCAGGUUCAUUGGGACUACCCAUAAUAGGACAGAGCCUUGGCUUUCUUCGAGCCCUGCGCAACAACACUGCAGAAAAAUGGCUUGAACAAAGAAUAACCAAGUAUGGUCCGGUUUCAAAGCUGAAUCUCUUUGGCAAGCCAACAGUAUUCAUUCAUGGACAGGCUGCAAACAAGUUUGUAUUCAACAAUGAUGGCACAGCCAUUACCAGCCAACAACCUGAGUCUACUCGAAUGAUUUUAGGUGACCGGAACAUAUUGGAGCUGAGUGGCGAGGAUCACAAGCGAGUUAGAAAUGCUCUUAUGGUGUUCUUGAAGCCUGAGUCACUGAAGCAAUAUGUGGGAAAAAUGGACGAAGAAAUCAGGAAGCAUCUUGAGUUGAAUUGGCAUGGGAAGCAAAAAAUAACAGUCUUGCCUCUCAUGAAGAACCUCACGUUCAACAUUAUAUGCUCACUGCUUUUUGGGGUUGAACGAGGACCUCGCAGAGACGAACUCAUUGAGUGUUUUCAACUAAUGAUAGAAGGAGUGUGGUCAGUGCCUCUUAACUUGCCGUUCACGCGUUUCAACUGCAGCAUCAAGGCAAGCAAGAGGGUUCAAAACAUGCUUAAGGAACUAAUUUGUGAAAAGAGGAUGCAACUUGAGCAAAAAACUGCUUUACCACUCCAAGACCUUAUCACUUGCUUGCUUAGCAUUCGAAAUGUUGACAAUGAAGAAGAAUUAACUGAAAAAGAGAUCUUGCACAAUAUCAUAAUAGUUAUGGUUGCAGGAUAUGACACUUCAUCUGUGGUCAUUACUUUUCUUUUGCGGCUUCUAGCUAAUGAACCUGCUGUUUAUGCAGCCCUUCUUCAAGAACAGGAAGAAAUAGCUAGAAGCAAAUCCUUUGGGGAACUUCUGACAUGGGAAGACCUUGCUAAGAUGAAGUACACAUGGAGGGUAACAAUGGAAAUUCUGAGGACAACUCCUCCUGUCUUUGGUGGCAUGAGGAGGGCUAUGAAAGAUAUUGAGUAUGGAGGAUUCCUCAUCCCUCAAGGGUGGCAAAUAUUCUGGGCUAUUCCUAUGACACACAAUGACGAUAGCAUAUUCCCUGAGCCAUCAAAGUUCGAUCCAAGUAGGUUCGAGAACCAAAAAUCAGUUCCACCCUACAGCUUUGUUCCAUUCGGAGGAGGAACACGAAUAUGUCCAGGAUAUGAGUUUGCCAGGAUUGAAAUCCUUGUUGCAAUCCAUUAUAUGGUAACUCAAUUCACAUGGAAGCUAUGCGCAGACAACAAGUUCAGUAGGGUUCCCAUGCCAGUACCUACUCAAGGACUACCUAUAGAAAUCAUGCCAAGGAAACAAAUGUAAUGUUAAGAUGUUUGAUCAACUUCAAUACUUAUCAUCCUAGCUAUACGAAAU